AUGAGAUUUACAAGAGGAGUGACGGCCUCUUCGUCUUUGAGAGCGAAGGCUAUUGGUAAAUUAACUAAAUUUUCCACGAGUGCCUUAGAUGACCAAAGCAGUGAUGGUACAACGCUGGAUUUGGUAACUCGCACCCUACCCAUUUUCUACUCCACGAACACAUCGAAGAUAUAUACUAUACCACUUACGGUAAGCGAAUGGGAAGUGCUAACUUCACUCUGUACUGCCAUCCCUACUACACUCCAUUUGGUAGAAAAAAUGCUCAAGGAAAUCAUUGCGCCCUACUUUCUGGAAGCUCCAAGACAAAGAAUUUCAGAUGUUCUGUCAUCAAGAUUCAAAUUAAAACAGUUAAGAAAUCCAAUCGAAUUGCUAACUUUUCAAUUGACCAAGUUCAUGAUUCAUGCCUGUGAACAACAUCCUGUCCUUUAUGAAACUAUAUGCGGUAUCAUAUCCCUUUACCUUGAACGCGUAUUAAAGGUCUUUACUACUAAGCAGUCCGGAUUGCUAUCAUUAAUCGGAUUUAUUAAUGCAUUUAUCCGGUUUCCUGGCUCUACAGAACUAACUAAAUUCACCUGGAAAGAGUUGGAGAAACUUGUACUUCAUGGAACAUUUUUGAAUGAAGUUGAGAAAAUUCUUAAUUCCUCAACAACAUUUACUAAUGAUUCAAUUGUACAGUACUAUGAUGCUGAAAAUGAACUAUCUGCUGCUUACCUGUUAGAACUGAUAUCUCACUUACAAGUUUCUCUAAUAUCUCACCUGCUACACACUCCAGAUGUUAGUGCUGAUCUGAGUGAAUUCCUGCUAAGACAGCAGUACCAAUUUUAUAAAUUUGAUCAAGAAGCAACUGAGAUAGAUGCCGAUUCAAAGGGAAUUGAUGAGUUUUUUAUCAACGUAAGAAAGAAUAAACAAUUUUUUACAGACGUGUGUAAACUUUCUGUGCAAUUUUGCUCUGAAUCUCAUAUCCUUGACUUGUCUACGGACAAUCGUGCAAGGUUUUCUUUUGAUACUCGAGCUUACUACUUACAAACACUUUGUCUAAUUCCAUUCAUCGAAGAUACAGAAAGCAAACUUUUCGAAAUGUUUACAAAAGUCGUUUCUGAAUCUAUUGAUAAGUUCUUCUUAUCUGAUGUUGUUACACCAUCGUUGACAAAGGCGGUCGUGGCUUCCGCCUCACUGCUGAACUUUUUCACGGAAGAGUUAUCAUUAACCCUCAUUCGUAUGUUUCCCCUGUUAGUGGCAUCUCCACACAUCACGGCCGAAACAGUGAACGAUGUUGCAAAAUUAUUUACUACAGGGUUGUAUCCCCUAAAUGAAGAUGCAAUUGUUAGUACAAUUUAUUCCAUGAACAACUUACUAGCUGUUUCGGAAGAUGGGUCUCCAGCUCCAGUGCUUCGUGAACGUCAAUUAACAAUAACGUCGGGAAAAAAUAUCGAAAAAGACUACUUACCUCCGAGAAAUUCAUUUGUUAAUUUGAAUGGUGCCGGUGCUCCGCUUGGAAACACGACUGUGGAUCAGCCUUCGUCACAUGAUGUAAAUAGUGGGACCACUAUGACAUAUCACGCCUCUUUAAUCUCUAAUUGUGUGGCUGCAACUACAACCAUUGCGUCAUAUUAUAACACCCAAAGCAUUACAGCCUUAACUAUCUCUAUUCUCACACAGAAAGUUAAUUCUAUGUCUAAGGAGUUCGACAAUGUUAUUUUGAACUCUCUGGCAAGAUUGGCUCCAAAUACUUCGGUGACAGAGUUUUCUCUUUUGCUAAAGUUUUUCAAGUCGAGAACUGUCUUCGCAACCAAAAUUGAUGACGAUGACCUACUGAAAACUAUCAUUGAAGCAAAAUGUGUAAUAUCAAAGGAAUUGUUGGCCAGUCAUUUUUCAAGUGAUCUCUAUUUUAUGUAUCUUCACGAUAUAUUAGACUCAAUUAUUUCUAGUGGGGAAGUAGAACGAUUAGAACAUCACAGGCCUCAGACGGAAAUCUCUCGUGUUGCUGAUCAAAUCGCUACAUAUUUAGAACCACUUGCCACUCUAUUGCCUGUUCCAGGUAGUACUCCCUUAGACAUCAGCAAAGAUGAAGCCACUACAAACAAGUUUAGAAACGCUUGGUUCAAUUUCGUUAUUCAUGGGUACCACUUGGGGGGGCCAAUUGUCAAAGAAAAUUUUUCUGCUCUAUUAACUAUCGCCUAUAAUUCGCCUCCCCUAGCUUCCGAUUUUCCAGCUAAUAACAAGGAGCUUUCUCUGGAAAUGAAUACAAUUUUGCGUCGUGGUUCCUCUAAUGAAAACAUCAAGCAACAAAAGCAACAAAUAACUGAAUAUUUUAAUACAAAUAUUGUUCAGUAUAGGACCACUUCAUCCUCCAAAAUCAUGUUUUUGGCGGCUGCUGCCCUCUUAGAAACAAUAAGAUGUGAGGCAGGUGAUUGUUCGAAGACGUUAUUGUAUUUCUCAGACCCUUCUAUUCUUUCUGGUUCAAUUGAAAAAUGUAUAGCAGUUCUGUCGGUUUCUAUGAUCAGAAAAUAUGCUAGACUAAUUCAAAGGGGUAAUGAUGCCAUAUUCAACUCUAAGAUGAUUGCUCAACAACUUAAUAACUUGUUACUCUGUCUUUCUCAUAGGGAGCCGACUUUGCAGGACGCCGCUUUUCAUGCUUGUGAAAUAUUUGUUAGAUCCAUUCCAUCUUCGUUAUGUCACCAUUUGUCUCUGUACACCUUAUUAGACAUGUUGACUGCCCUGUUUGACAGUAUCUUGGAUUCAGAGGCCCAUAAAUUCGAACCACGCUAUGAAUUUAAGUUAAAACAUUCCCGGACAACGAUAUUGGUUCCAAGUUCAUCUUCAUGGCGUACUGCAACGUUGUCAAGAUUGCACAAGUCAGCGAAAGAAUGGGUAAGAAUAUUAUUGAAUAGAAGUAAUCAGGACACCAAGAUUUUACUACAGUCAUACAUAUCUGACCUAGGCGAGUACAGUAGAUUGAAUUCUGUUGAAUUUGGCGUCUCGUUUGCCAUGGAUAUGGCAGGCUCGAUUUUACCCGCAGAUAAGGAGUUAUCAAGACUGACAUAUUAUGGUCCAGAGAAACCGAACACAAUAUCUGGGUUCAUAUCUUUACACUCUUGGAGAUCAAAAUAUCUUUUUGAUACUGCUAUAACUUCAUCACCAGAGGACAUAAAAAGGCAAAUAACUAUAUCUACCCAAAACAUAAGAAAAAACUUAACCCUAGGACAUAGGAUCGUUACUAAGGACGUCACCGAUUUUCUCGAUAUGUCUACCGCUUUGUUAAUUCUUGGCAAUGGUGCACCUGCGUCAUUGAUAUAUGAUAUCGUCCAUAUUCCCUUCGAGGUUUUCACUUCCGCCUCUUUAAAGAUUGCUACAAAUGUAUGGCUAACAAUCAUAACUGAGAAGCCAGAAGUUGCACAUCUUCUUUUAGUUGACGUAUGUUACUGUUGGAUGCGCUCCAUUGAUGAUAAAGUCGGCCUUUAUUCUCGUGACCAUGACAUUAAGGGUGAGGAAUACCAAAAAAUGGAGUAUUCUCCUUAUGACAAAGCUGGUAUCAACAGAGACGCAAAAAAUGCAUCCCAAGCCAUGCAACCACAUCUUCAUGUUAUUAAAUUCUUUGCUUCCCAUUUCGAAGGAACGCUAUUUCAAAGUGACUUUUUAUUAAAAAUUUUCACGAAAUGUGUGCUUUAUGGUAUCAAGAAUCUGUAUAAGGCCUCACUUCAUCCUUUUGCUAGGAUGAUUCGCCACGAAUUGUUACUAUUUGCAACACUUGUACUAAAUGCAAGUUAUAAACAAGGAUCUAAGUAUACGGGUCGCUUAUCAGAAGAGAUUACAAAUGGUGCCUUGAGUUGGUUUAAAAGACCGGUCGCUUGGCCAUUUGGUUCAAACGAACUUAAAAUCAAGGCUGAUUUGUCCACUACUAGGGAUCUUUUCCUUCAACUCAACAAACUAAGUUCGUUGAUGACACGUCACUGUGGAAAAGAUUACAAGAUUUUAAACUAUUUUUUGGCGAGUGAAAUUCAACAGAUCCAAACAUGGUUAACCCCAACGGACAAGAUUGAAGGUGCCGACAGUAACGAGCUCACGAGCGAUAUCGUCGAAGCUGCCUUUACAAAUGAUCCAAUACUGGCAAUAAACCUCCUAAAAAGAUGCUAUAGCAAAAAGGCAGAACAGGUUUUAGUGGGCUUGAUUGCGAAGCAACCUUUGAUGUGUGUGGGAUCCCCAAAUGCCCUUGAGUUAUAUAUAAAAGGAAGUUAUUUGAGCAAUAAGAAGGAUUUACACGUGACCUUAUAUUGGACGCCAGUAAGCCCAUUGAAAUCUAUCAAUCUUUUUCUUCCUGAGUGGCAAGAUAAUUCAUUCAUCUUACAAUUUAGCAUUUACUCUUUAGAAUCACAGGAUGUGAAUCUGGUGUUUUUCUAUGUUCCUCAGAUUGUUCAAUGUUUGAGGUAUGACAAAACUGGAUACGUUGAAAGAUUAAUUUUGGAUACGGCAAAAAUAAGUGUGUUGUUUUCUCAUCAAAUCAUUUGGAAUAUGCUUGCCAAUUGUUACAAGGAUGACGAGGGUAUACAAGAAGAUGAAAUAAAACCCACUCUGGAUCGUAUUCGAGACCGUAUGGUUUCCAGUUUCAGCCAGCCUCAUCGCGAAUUUUAUGAACGUGAAUUUGAGUUCUUCGAUGAAGUUACUGGUAUAUCUGGUAAGCUGAAGCCUUACAUCAAGAAAAGCAAGGCUGAAAAGAAGCAUAAGAUUGAUGAGGAGAUGAGCAAAAUUGUAGUAAAACCUGAUGUCUACUUGCCUUCUAAUCCUGACGGUGUCGUCAUUGACAUUGAUCGGAAGAGUGGUAAACCGCUUCAAUCGCACGCAAAGGCCCCUUUCAUGGCAACGUUCAAAAUCAAGAAGGAGGUACAAGAUCCUUUGAUCGGAAAAUGCAAAGAAAUUGAAAAAUGGCAAGCAGCUAUCUUCAAGGUCGGCGAUGACUGUAGGCAGGAUGUUCUGGCAUUACAAUUAAUUUCGCUGUUCAGAACAAUAUGGUCCAGCAUUGGCUUGGAUGUUUACGUUUUCCCCUAUAGAGUCACCGCCACCGCGCCAGGUUGUGGUGUCAUUGAUGUGCUACCCCAUUCGGUGUCCCGAGACAUGUUAGGGCGUGAGGCCGUUAAUGGAUUAUACGAAUACUUCACAAGUAAAUUUGGUAACGAAUCCACCAUUGAAUUUCAAAACGCUCGUAACAAUUUUGUGAAAUCGCUAGCAGGGUAUAGCGUAAUUUCUUACUUGUUACAAUUCAAGGAUAGACAUAACGGUAACAUCAUGUACGAUGAUCAAGGACACUGUCUACAUAUUGAUUUUGGGUUUAUUUUCGAUAUUGUCCCAGGUGGUAUCAAGUUUGAAGCAGUUCCAUUCAAACUGACCAAAGAGAUGGUGAAGGUGAUGGGUGGUUCGCCUCAAACCCCAGCCUACCUGGAUUUUGAAGAACUCUGUAUCAAGGCAUACCUGGCCGCCCGUCCACAUGUAGAUGCCAUCAUUGAGUGUGUAAAUCCUAUGCUAGGAAGCGGUCUUCCCUGUUUUAAAGGUAACAAGACUAUUAAGAAUUUAAGGACGAGGUUCCAGCCCCAAAAGACUGACCAUGAAGCCGCACUAUAUAUGAAGGCGUUAAUUCGAAAAAGUUACGAAAGUAUCUUCACUAAGGGCUACGACGAGUUUCAAAGACUCACAAAUGGUAUUCCGUAUUGA